UUAAGAUGCACUUUUAAGCUUGGAGGGCAUUGAGGGAGCAGGUUCUGGGCCUUGAGUGUUGUUGGCAAGGGCAGCCUCAGCAUCUGCCUAGGAGUUAGGUCACCUGGGGGCCUGCUAACGGGGCUGAGGCGGGUCUAGAAUGGUUUGUUGUUUAUUUUGCUGGAAAAUUCACUCAGGGAUCAACUGCCUUGAAGGGCAGAGAGGAGAGGCUGAUUAUUGUGACUGUUGUGAGAAGCUUGCAGAGACGGAACCAAGGCCCCAUCAGUGUGACUGUCCAGUAGCAGAGCCUUCUGCAUCCCCACCCCUCACUGCAGGGUGGGAAUGGAGGAGGGGGCUGCUCCCAGGUGUUGUCUUCCUGCCCUUGGGGUGUGGGCUUCAGGGUGCUGCACUCGCGACCUUUCCCCUCCCCUACUUCUUUGAAAACCGCUCUGAUGUCACACUUGAGUGUCUGUUCCGUUUUAGAUAUCCAGGGCUGCUGCUGCUCAUGCACAGUUGCCCAGUUCUGUAAACUCAGCCAGCUAAACCUCAGCGCUCUCAAGUUUAAACCCAGGUGACUUGGACUGAGUGUGGUGUUGGCUAAGUGGCCAAGAGGGCAUGGAUGCCUUCAGUGAACUCUGGGCUGCUGUGCAGGGAGCUCCAAGCAGUGUUGGUACCAAAAAUUGCUUUUUUAACUUUUGAACAAUUUUGUCAAGUGGUGGAAUUGAAUUUUAAGUGUGUUGAUUAAUAGCUGUGCUCUGUCUCAUAGGGAAAAUCCCACUGAAGAAGCCUCCGUGGCCUGCAGCCAGCAGCAGGGCUAAAAGCACUUGUUGGCCAAGGAAUGCCUGUUGCCCAGGGCUCUGGGUGGGGGAGGAAUGAGAUGUCCCAAGAACAGGAAGUCCUUUUAUGAACCAGUCUCUUCCUGUCCUCCCGUACCCUGGGUUGGGGCAAGGCGAAGAUUAGAUGCCGGGGAUUAGAUGCCGAGUGGCCCUUGGGGCCACCCACCUUGGCCCUAAAUUCCUGUGUAGGUGGCCCGCAGGAGUACUGGCCGGGGCCAUCAGGUAGCCCAGGGUUCUUGGCAGGGGCUCUGCCCUUUUCUGCCUGUUCCCUGAGUCCGCAGACCUUUAACAGGCCUGACAGGCAGACUCAGCAGCACUUGCAGAGCAGAGCCUGGGAAGCUGUUCCUUUUGGCUGACUCCUUCCCGGCGCCUUGCCCUGCACCCAGUGGCUUCUCCCAGCCCCAUGGUCACAGCACUCCUUCACUUGUUCACGGAGGGUUCCCAGAGCAAUAAAGGGUGUCCUGAGCCUUCAGUUCCUCCCAGGCCUGGGGGACCGGCUGUUUGGACUGUGCCACAGGGCAACAUGAGGGCAGCCGCGCCUGUGAGGUUGGUGGUGCUGACGUUGGCUCUGCGAGGUCGGCUCAAGGUAGGUCUGGAUAUUGAGCAGGCCUGUCAGGGCGUUGUCACCCACACCAGGAGCACGUGGCAGGUGCGGCAGGCAGCGACACUUCCCUCUUCAGCCCACCACCCAGGAGUUUGUGUGUCCCCUGUCUCCGGCCCACAAGGGCCAUUGCACUAUGUGACCCUGAAUGCACAUUAAACUCUUAAACCUACAAUGACUCGGGCAUUCCUUGCUCUUGUCUUGCACUAGCGCUGCACUGAAGUGGCAGCUGUCUAGCUGCAGGUGGGAGCAGGGAGGGAUAAACGUGGAAGGCUGGACUGGGAUUCCAGUUUCAGAGUUGGAAUGCUGUCCACCCCAUUUCACACCCAUUACAGAGGAACAGGUUCCAAAGAAUCAGGAAAAGCAAGAUAAAACGGAAAGCGGAGAGGGAAAGGGCCCCAGGGUGAAGCUGGUGGAGGCAGGCAUGCCCACGGUGGGCUGCCAUGCAGCAGCUGGAUGGCCAGAGGCGCAGGGCAGUGAGCGGAGCUGAAUUAGAAACUGCCCUGGGGAGGACACCGAGGCUGUCCUAAUGGUCCUGGUGCGUGGUCCAGCCUCUCGGAGCCUGCUGUCAGCACGAGCUCUGCAUGGCGCCCGUCCUGUGUUGGUGAGGGCAGGGGAGUGGCUAGGGGUGCACAGACCCACACCGCUUGUUCACUGAACAGGCAUUUAUUGACAGCUUGCUGUGUGCCAGGGCCUGUGUGUGGCCCUGGUAGUCUAGAGGUAACCUGAGAGACUUAGACACCUCUUCAGGGAAAACUAAAUCUGUCCCAACCAGACUUAUCAAGUUGCCCUGCCCAGGCCUGGGCUGCCCUCCAGUCAGCAGGCUGGACUUGAUUUCCACGUGGCUGUGCCCUAUACCCUCCCAAACCCCGUGCUCUGCAGUCUGCACAGGCCAGGUGUCUGGAGAGCCAGGCCUGGUGACAGGCACCCCCAGGUGGGAGGAGGGGACUGUCCUGGCUCUGACCUGGACAUCAGAUCCGGAGCUGGGCAAGAGGUGGUGGGUCAGGAGGGGAGGGGUCCAGUUGUUUGGCUCAUCAGAGGCGUCCUGAGGUUUCCUGGGCGAGGCGGCAGGCAAGGGGCUGCAGACAAUCGGCGCAUUGUCAGCAGGGGCUGCAGCAUGGAGCACGGGAGCUGCCGCACCGAGAGCCCCGGGCCCAGGCCCGCAGCAGUGAAGAUCAAGCCCUGCCACAGAGGCUGGAGAGCCGCUGGCCUGCUGCUGCUGCUGCUGGCACUGGCCACUGUGGGGGCCGUGGCUGGGGGGCUCCUUGGCUUCGCUCAGGGCACUCCUAAGCCAUUGCUGCAGAUGCUGCGACUGACCCUCGCAAGCCCCCAGGUACCCCGGUCCAACCAAACCAUCCUGGUGGACAUGGCCCUGAACGCAGCAACCAUUACAGUGACUCCACCUCAGAGCAACCGCAGCUGGGUGGUGCUGUUCGACGGGCAGAGCGGCUGCAUCUGUUACCGCCCCGAGGAGCACCAGGCCUGCUUCCUCCGCCUGAUGGAGGACCGGGAUCGGGAGACCCUGCAGCUGCUGGUGAACACCUCGAGGGCCCAAGGGUCUCGCACCCCCAGCCAGGACACCCACUAUGCCCAGGAGCUGCUGGCCGUGCAAGGGAGCCAUGAGGUGGACCCUGCCCGGGUGGGGGCUUUGGUGCAGCACCUUUGUGCAAAGACCCCCAUCUACUGGGCCCGUCGAGCAGAGGGUGAGUCAGGGCAGCUGUGUGGGGAGGCUCCUCCGGACAGUCUGGGGGGCUUGGGGGAGAAGCCCUUCGGGAAUUCAUGGAGCCCCCUCCCCCCAGGGCCCCAGAGGCAGCGGUUGAUCUAUCUCUGCAUCGACAUCUGCUUCCCAAGCAACAUCUGCGUGUCAGUCUGCUUUUAUUACCUCCCAGACUAAGCCCUCUGGCCUGGGCCAGCCCAGCCCCUGUCCCCAGUCUAGUGGGCCGGCUGGGUCACCAGCACCAUGGAGGACGAGGACAGCUGCUGCAGGGACUAAUAAACCCUUCCACCUGGC